ACACAAAUGUCAUACGAAAAUGACGUCGUUGUAACUGUCUAAAGUAAAUAGGUGUUUUAAAAAUAAAACAUAUUGACUUUAAAUAGCAAUUUUGAUUUCACUUAAAAAAGAAUACUGAACUUAACAAAAUGUUUUGUUGUUUUAAAAACUGCGUAAAUGGAUUUUCCUUAACCCCGAGCGUACCAAUACGUGUGAAGAGUAAUCCAGUCCAGUUAGAUACUUUGCAUAUGGGACAUGAGGUAGUAAUAGUCAAAGGUGGCCAGCGUGUUUGUGGUUCUGGAUGUGCUCUAGGAAAUGCACCACUUGUACAAAACAAAGCUUAUUUUGAAGUUAAACUUCAACAGGGAGGUGUGUGGGCUGUAGGCCUUGCAACAAGGGACGCCGACCUUAAUAGAGUCCAUGGUGGUGUCGACAAAGAAUCCUGGUGCUUAAACAGCGAUGGAACAGUACGACAUGAUAAUGUUGAACUAUAUCACCUUAAACCAGGUGCAAGAGAAUCUCCUACCUCAGAACUAUUAGUUACAACGGGAUCUACAAAUGACAAUGAAAACCAGGCAGAGAAUGAAAAACCAGAGAGCGAAAAGAGUGAGGAGAGUGCUGCAGUAAUGCCAGGAGAAGGAGAUGUCAUUGGUGUAGCAUAUGACCAUGUGGAGCUAAACUUUUUUCUUAAUGGUGUAAACUUGGAGAUCCCUGUUAGAAACAUUAAAGGCACACUGUACCCGGCACUUUAUGUGGAUGACGGUGCCAUUCUGGAUAUAAUAUUAGACAACUUCAGAUACCCUCCGCCGUCAGGAUAUGCCAAAAUAAUGGUGGAACAGUCCCUUCUUUAACACAAUAUAUAAAGUUAAGGAGUAAUUGCUUGUGUGUGCAUAUGAACAUUCAUGUAUUCUCACUCUAAAUGUGAUCAUAUAAAUGUGUGCAUAAACUCUUAAUUAAGACUGUUGACUUGUAUAUUGUUUGACUUAACUUUUAUUGUCUAAAUCCUGUAAGUCUUCAUAUCCUUAUAAUUAUUAAGAUAAAAUUAUAUAGGUGACACUCUUCGAGAUAAUUAAAUAUAAAACAUGAUAAUGUGCUUUCAUCUGUCAUAUGCUGUUCAACCAAUAAUCUGUGUGGAGUAUUAGAUGUCUAACUUAUUAUAAUUAUAUAAUGGUAUAUUAUAUUUUCCUAAUAAUUAUAAAGUAUUAUUUUUGAUAUUACUACAAGGAGUUCACUCUGUCAUUUACAAUUUUUGUAGAAGUGAAUCAAAAUAAUAUUAAUAAAAUAUGACAUUACAAAUGACUACAAUAUAAUAUACAUGUAUAGCUAACUUGGAUCCUUAUCUUGUGUGUAGCGAGUCAGAUUGAAGACCCUAUAGAGGAGUCAUACUUACCUUUGUUUAUAGGGGCCACAGAUAUGUGCUAGCCAUGGUGUCGAAGGCAGCAAAUAAAAAAUAUUUAUAUAGUGAUUUUUUUUGCGCAUAUUUUACUUUUUUUUAUUAACUUAAUUAUGGGUUCAUAAAAAACUCUUUUGAAUUUAAAAUAAUAAUAAUAGUAACACCAGGGCCAACCACAAAAGCCCGUCGGGUUGGAUGAGGCCCACAGGCCGCAGGUUGAAUACAGCUGCAUUUGAGGCUACGGUUUAUGUUGGACAGAUAAUAAAUAAGCGUUGAACCUAGGGUGUAUUUGAACAAGUCAUUCACAACAAUGAUCACACUAAAGACUUAAAGAAAAGAUGUGAUAACUGAUUCCUAAGUAUAAGCUUAUCUAAUUGAAUUUUUAUUGUAAUUAAUUUGGUUAUGUUAAUAGCAUAUUAUAUAUCUUAGUACAUAUAAAUAUAAAUAAUAGCUUGGCAAGGCACUGAAUAACGUAAAACAGUCUCUAAUCCAGUAAGUAAUCCAAGCUGUUAUGUUGAAAGAUUAAUAUUUAGUUAAUUUUUAAACUAUAACCCAAUGUUUGUUCAUAAGUUUACUUGAAUGAUGUAUAUUUAAUAUUAUCUUAAUAUGAAUUAUGAGAAUUUGACUUUGUAUGUAAUUCAAAAAAUGAAUGUGCUUUUAUUGUUUGGUUAAAUUGUAUUUAUGUGCUAUUGCAAGUGGUGUGACAGCGUGCCUCUGUGCUUCUAAAUUAUGGAAUAUCAAUAUUAAUUGUAAUGCAAUACAGUAAUAUCAUAUAUUUGUUUACAUUAUUUCUUAACCUAUAUUUUAGGUAAUUUUUUUUUUUAUUCAUAAUAAAUGUAGGUUCAGGAUUAACCUGUGUCUAUUAUUUGAUUGUUAUUAUUUAAAGCUUUAAAAUUUAAAGACAUAAGUUUGAAACAUAUAUAAAUUAUAUUUUAAAUAAAAUAAAAACCGUAUUCUUCAUUGUUGUGGACCAAAAAUAUCAAGUCUUUCCACAUAGGUAUUAGAUAUGAGUAUUACUUAAAAAAAGUUUCAUAAUAAACCAAAACCCUGUAUCCUAUUAUAUAUAUUUAAUAUCUCGUUGAACUAGAUUGGCUAUGUGAUUUGAAUCUCGGGUCCGGCUUAUUAGGUUCUCUGUCAGGUAUUCAUUGGAUUGCAGUUUUGUACUAUGAGAGUGAUUGCAUUUGUGUGGCACUCACACCUGAACUAUUAUAUCUUCUGAGUAGGAUAGAUUAUGAAAUUGGCCGCCAUGAUAUUCGAACAUAAAUAUUAAUUAUUUAUAUAGAUAAUUAUGUUAUCCUUAUGUAGAAAUUUGGGCUGAUCGUUUAAAAUAAUAUUAUCUAUUUUUUUUUUAAAUAUUUUAUACCAUUCCAAUUAUUGAAACACAAUAAAAAUAAAAUGUAUUCUCAUUGUAUAUAUUGUAACAUUAAUUUUAACUCUUAGUUAUUUGAAUUAAUUCUUUUAUCGUUUAUAUUUUUAGCAUAUAAAAUAUAUCUAUU